AUGCGGUACAGCAAAAGGAUUCAGGCGCUGUGUGUCAUCUACGGACGAGGUUUGAAGCUGCACGGCGAGAAGACGGUCCGCGCCAUAGUCUACGACACGUGUGCCGCGAUCAUCACCGCCGUCGGUCCGGGGGUGUUGGCCUCCCCUACUCGCCACACCUGGGAGAGGAGCGAGGCCACCUUCCGAGACCGGUGGAACUUCCCAAACUGUGUGGCAGCACUCGACGGAAAACAUGUCGUCCUGCAGGCGCCAGCCAACACCGGCAGCGAAUAUUUCAAUUACAAACACACGUUCAGCACGGUUCUCCUGGCCGCUGUGGACGGCGACUACCGAUUCGUGUACGUGUCGGUGGGAAGUGCCGGCAGGGAAUCGGACGGCGGCGUAUUCCGCCGCAGCGACCUGGCCGCCGCCCUCCGAGACGACUCUCUGCAGCUGCCGCCGCCCAAAGCCCUGCCCGGGACCAACACCAUCAUGCCGCACGUCAUCGUCGCCGACGAGGCGUUCCCGCUCACCACCGCCAUCAUGCGGCCGUAUCCCGGGCGCACAGAGGCAAGACUUGGAGUCCGAGCCACGGUAUUCAACUACCGCCUCUCGCGCGCUCGUCGCAUCGUGGAAAAUGCUUUCGGCAUUCUCGCACAAACCUGGCGGAUAUAUCGGAAGGCCUGA